CAUUAUUCCAAAUAUUUUUAGAGAUGACAUAAAUAGUGUGUCUAAUAAGAAAGUUAAAUGGGCUUGGGAAUACAGUACAGUGAUAAUAGAAAUGUUAAAUAACGAGUAUAGAAUGAAUUUAAUACAAUAUCUUAUAGUAUCAUUAUUUAAUAAAUAUGAUUGUAUAACAGAAAGUAUAAUAGAAUUAGAAACAGGUUUAACAUAUAAAACAUUAUCAAAUACUAUAAAAUCAUUAAUAAAAUCAAAAUUUGUAUACUUAGAAGAUGAUAAAAUAUUCUUAUGUUGUAACUGUACUAAUAAAAAUAUUGUAGAUUUUUACAUCAAGGACCAUACAGAUGAUUCACAUGAGAUUAAUAAAGAAAUGUAUUAUCUUUCUAAAAUUGCUAAUAUAAUGAAAAGAUAUAAAAAAAUGUUAAAAGAAGAACUUGCUAACCAAAUAAAGAAUAUACAAACCGAAAAAUUUAACUUUAGAGAAGAAGAUUUUUUUAUGGGACUUAAAACUGGAAUAGAAAAGGGAAUAGUAGAAGAAUUGGAUGAUGUGUGUAUUUACAUACCAUAA